CAGAAAUAUUUCCAAAAGAAAAUUUAGUAUAUUUAACACCACAUUGUCGGAACGACUUAAACGAAUAUAAUCCUGAUGAUAUAUAUAUAAUUGGCGCCAUGGUUGAUACGUCUAACAAUGAGCCACUUUCGUUAGCAAAAGCUAAAAAAUUGGGUUUACGUAUGGCGCGUUUACCACUCGAACAUUAUUUACAGUGGGGAGCCGGUUCAGGGAAAUCAUUAACUCUCAAUCAAAUGGUUAGUAUUAUGUUGGAUAUUAAAAAAACUGGCGAUUGGAUGAAAGCGUUCUCACAUGUACCAAGGCGUAAAGUUGUCAAUAUUGAAAUGGAACAAACACAGAACAGAAAAUUUUUAAAUAAGCGUGCAAAUCAAUUCAAUAUACGGACCAGAGGUAUAUUGGAUGAAGACGAUUUUGACAAUAAUAACAGUAACCGUACUUACAAUAAAGUACGUGUAUUUAAAGAUGAUAAUCUGGAAUUUAAUUUAAAUACAUGGGCUUCAAAGAAGAGAAACAAAAAUAGUUAGAACUAUAAUGUGUAACAAAUUUAUUAAGCAAUUAAAAGUUAAACAAUGAGACGAAAAAAUUUGAGAUUUUAAUUAAUUACUGCAGUUCAAUUUUGUAUAUUGUAAAGCUGUUUGAAUUUCGAUACAUAAUAUCUGAUGAUGACAACGUUUCAUAUUUCACUUUAGUUCUAUGGUUUUGUAACGCAAUGGCUUUUUGU